AUAACAACAAAUUCUAAACGUUAAUCCUCAGAGUACAUUAAAAACAAAAACAAUUACAAACAUACUCAUUUAGAACUUGAUAUGGACUAUAAACCUGAAUAAAAAUAAUAAUGUUAUCUCUUGAGUUUAUAUGGUAAAUUAUACUCGUUUGCGCGCCGACAAAAGUCACUCGCUUAAUAAAAUAAAUUAUUAACACAUUUGAUCAGUUUUAUACAAAACAACCUCAAGAAAUGGCUUGUGCUGACUAUCGCAUUGAAACUGAUACCUUUGGUGAACUGAAGGUACCAGCCGAUAAAUACUAUGGCGCUCAAACUAUGCGUUCCCAAAUCAAUUUCCCCAUUGGUGGUCCCACCGAACGUAUGCCAAAACCUGUUGUCCAAGCCAUGGGUAUUUUGAAGAAGGCUGCUGCUGAAGUUAACAAAGAAUUCGGUUUGGAUCCUAAAAUUAGUGAAGCCAUCUCAAAGGCUGCUGAUGAUGUAAUCUCAGGAAAGCUUUAUGAUGAUCACUUCCCUUUGGUUAUUUGGCAAACCGGCUCCGGCACUCAAAGUAACAUGAAUGUUAAUGAGGUUAUCAGCAACCGUGCCAUUGAAUUGCUGGGUGGUAAAUUGGGCUCCAAAGACCCUGUUCACCCCAACGAUCAUGUUAACAAAUCGCAAAGUUCCAACGAUACUUUCCCCACUGCCAUUCAUAUUUCUGUUGCUUUGGAAUUGAACAAUAAUCUUAAGCCUGCCAUUAAGAUUUUGCGCGAUGCCUUGAAAGCUAAAUCCGAUGAAUUCCAAAAUAUCAUUAAGAUUGGCCGUACCCACACCAUGGAUGCGGUACCUUUGACUUUGGGCCAGGAGUUCAGUGGUUAUACUCAACAAAUGAAUUAUGCUUUGGAUCGUAUUGAUGCCUGUUUGCCACGUGUUUAUGAAUUGGCUUUGGGUGGUACUGCUGUCGGUACUGGCCUCAACACACGCAUUGGUUUUGCCGAAAAAUGCGCCGCUAAAAUUGCCCAACUUACUGGUUUGCCAUUUGUAACCGCCCCCAAUAAGUUUGAAGCUUUGGCUGGUCGUGAUGCCAUGGUUGAGGUACAUGGUGUUUUGAAUACAAUUGCUGUCAGCUUAAUGAAGAUUGCCAAUGAUAUUCGUUUCUUGGGUUCUGGUCCCAGAUGCGGUUUGGGUGAGCUAAUGUUGCCAGAAAAUGAACCUGGUAGCUCUAUUAUGCCUGGCAAAGUAAAUCCCACUCAGUGUGAAUCCAUGACCAUGGUAGCUGCCCAAGUUAUGGGUAAUCAAGUUGCUGUUACCGUAGGUGGCUCAAAUGGUCAUUUCGAAUUGAAUGUUUUCAAGCCUUUGGUUGUCUCCAAUGUUUUGCGUUCCAUUCGUUUGUUGUCUGAUGGCAGCCGCACCUUCACUGCCAAUUGCGUACAGGGCAUCCAAGCCAAUACCGAACGUAUUAACAAAAUCAUGAACGAAUCCCUUAUGUUGGUUACCGCCUUGAAUCCUCAUAUCGGCUAUGAUAAGGCCGCUAAAAUCGCCAAGACUGCUCACAAGAAUGGCACCACCUUGAAGGAGGAAGCCAUUAAAUUGGGUUAUCUUACUGAGGAACAAUUCAAUCAAUGGGUCAGACCACAAGACAUGUUGGGACCCAAGUAAAUUAAGUUUUAAAAAGUGUUGUACAUUUUAUUUAUUUCUAUCCAUGUUUAUGUUGGAAACAUAAAGAUUUUUGCAAAAAAAAAAAUAUAACAAUUCGAUAAAAAAUUA